AUGGCCCCACCUGCUGCCCCUGUGUGUGAUGCAAGCACAACCAAGCUGCGGCACGCAAAGCACGACCGUGCUGGAAGUGUGCAGCACACCAAGGCUAGCAUGAAGGACGAGCGUCGUGCUGCAGCACUGCGCAAGGCGCAGCAGGAUCUGGGAUCCAAGUACCGCAUUGGUCGUGUCCUUGGUGAAGGUGGCUACGGGAUCGUUUUUUCUGCGCGUGAACGGGGCACAGAAAAGCGCGUCGCGAUCAAGCGCAUUGCGCCAUUCGAGCACCCGCUGCUCACUGUGCGUACGCUGCGCGAACUGCGCAUCCUGCGCCAUUUUGGCGUACAAAAGGACUGCGAUAUUGUGAUUGCACUGCGCGAUGUGGUCAUCUCUGGCGAGCUCGACACGUUCCAAGACAUUUACCUGGUGCAAGAGCGCAUGGAUUGCGACCUACACCAUGUCAUUCGAGCUGGAGAAGUGACCAGCGACCAUGCACAGUACCUUAUUUACCAGCUGCUUGUUGGACUCAAGUUUAUCCACUCUGCCGGCGUGAUUCAUCGCGACAUCAAACCAAGCAAUCUGCUGGUGAACACGCAAUGCGAUUUGCGCAUUUGCGACUUUGGACUGGCGCGCAGUAUAGACGGCGGACUGCAAGCGGCACAGGAAGGAUUUCUGACCGAGUAUGUUGCCACACGUUGGUACCGUGCGCCGGAAAUUAUGCUGUCCAGCAAAUUGUAUACCCAGGCUGUGGAUAUCUGGAGCGUCGGAUGCACUCUGUACGAAAUGUUAAUGGGACGCACGUUAUUUCCCGGCAAGGACUACCACCAUCAGCUUGGUCUGAUAUUGGACGUGCUUGGUACGCCAGGGAUGGAGACACUGAGACCCAUUUGCUCUUCGCGUGCAUUGGACUAUGUACACCAACUACCGAGACGCGAUUCCAAGCCGUGGGAAUCGUUGCUCCCCAACGUAUCCAAAGAAGCGAGAGACUUUAUUGCUAGGACGGUGACGAUUGACCCUACAAAGCGAAUGACGGCGGCAGAAUGUCUCGCGCAUCCGUACUUGAAGGUAUACCAUGACGAGUUCAAGAUGGAAGAAGUGGAGUGCCCACGCCUUGACCGACAAAUGUUUUACUUUGAUUUCGAGCCCAAGGACACGGCAUGCGGGCGCCAAAAGCACCGCGAGGAGCUCUGGCGCGAUGCACAGCAAUUUUCUAGGCCGGGUAUUUGA